AUGAACGAUGGAGGGAAGGAGAGUGCAAGGGACACUGAGAGCCGCCAAUUGGGUAGUAGACGCUCGGCGGCAGAUGCCUUCGGCCGAGCAAUUGCCAGGAUUGCUGUUGCACAAAUUUGCGAGUCUCUGGGAUUUAACAGCAUACAGCAGUCUGCCCUUGAUGCGCUCUCGGAUGUGGCGGUUCGUUACAUCUGUGAUUUAGGCCGAACUUCACACUUUUAUGCCAACCUAGCUGGAAGAACGGGCUGCAGUGUAUUUGACGUUUUGCAAGGGUUAGAGGAACUGGGAUCAACCCAGGGAUUUUCCAGCGCAUCAGAUGUGCACCAUUGUCUUGUGAACUCUGGCGUCGUGCGUGACCUCACUCGGUACGUGAGCAUUGCAGAUGAGGCCCCUUUUGCUCGAUCUGUACCGCAUUUUCCAAUCGCACACCACCGGAAGCUUUCUCUUGCCUUCUCACAGAUUGGAGAACCGCCACCGGGGAAGCAUAUACCUGAUUGGCUUCCUGCAUUCCCUGACCCGCACACGUACAUCCAUACACCAGUGUGGGAUGAAAAGGCGUCAGACCCAAGAACGGGAAAAAUUGAGCAAGCAAGACAGCGACGAAAGGCAGAAAGGUCCUUGUUAAGUUUACAACAGCGCUUGGCCUACAGUGGCGCUACAUCUGUAGCUCCAGUGGUUGAUGAUAUUCGUGGAAAGGAAAAGCAAGAGGUGCCUAUCAAUCCCUUUCUUGCCCCACCCAUACUAUUUGGCGAAAAAGAAGUAUCUCCGAUUAUUCCACCUGAUGCUGCCGUGGGAAACAAGGUUUCAGUUCUUGAGACUUUUGCCCCAGCCAUUGAAGCUAUGAAGAGGGGAGCUUCUGAUUCUAUGGGUGGUGAAUCUAAGAUUCUGCCUAUUAAGAGGCCUGCAGUGCAUUUCACAUUUGGUAACAAGAAGUCCAUUACUGCACCUUUUUCAUUUAAAACUCCAAGCUCUGGGAAAAGAGGUUUGCGGAUCCUUAAGGAUGAUGAAAAGGAUGACAAGAAGCGGAGAGCAGAGCUGAUACUCAAAGAGGCCAUGGAGAAUCCGCAUGAACUUGCGCAGUUGUAG